CAGUGAUGCUGCUGGGACAAUCUCCCUGCGUGAACACACGAGAGCCUGCGCGUUCAAGCCCUCCGUCUGUGCACCUGCACCUGCAUGAUCUGUGAGCUAGCGGAGCGGCACAGGGACGCGGGCUGCUGCCUUCGGCUCUUCCUGGUAUUAUCUUCAUCAUUAGUUUAAUCCGGGGGAUCACACGGCGAAGACUGCUGAGUCCAGCUUGCAAGAUGAACUUCAAGAACUUCAGGGAGUAUCUGGCCUGGCUCUACUACCAGUACCUGCUCAUCACGGGCAUCUACGUCCUGGAGCCAUGGGAAAAGUCCAUCUUCAACUCCAUCCUAUUCUCUGCCAUCGCCAUGGUAAUCUACACCUCUUAUGUCUUUGUGCCCAUCCACGUGCGCCUGGCACUGGAAUUUUUCUCGGGAAUCUUUGGCGGCCAACCGGAGAGCACCAUGGCCCUCAUGAACUAAAAGAAGGAAGGAAAAAUGAGGGAGCGGGGCUGCAAAAGGGUUGGAUUAUCAAGCAUGAGUCCCCAAUCAUUUCUCCACUCCUGGAGUACGUCUCUAUUUCAAGACUGAAAACAUGAAGAUCUUAAUGGAAUGAUCUGGAAAUCAUAGCCUUACUAUCUUCUUUACAUCCCAAACCCUCUGGCCUUACCCCAUGGUAUUAGACACAUGACCGUGCGUUACUGUCAACACCUCGCUGUGAAACGUCUUGUGAAAGUUUGUUUGUUCUAUUUUUUUUUUUUCCAGCCACAUGUCCUGUGUGAAUGCAUCCCAUCCACGGGUUUUUGCAUGAAAGGGUCAUAGGUGGGUAGGAAGGUCAUUUGCAUGCUCAUCUUACUACAAAAUAUGACUAGACUUGUUUCUUUCUAUGAAGCUGGGUUUUUUUAAAAGGCCCUCCAGCAAUUUUAUAAAAAAAGAAAAAACAGAUUUACUUGAGAAUAAAAACUGGACAUAAGGGAUUAACUUAUUUUAGCCACAACUUCCAACUUUGAAUCACCAAGCCCACCCAGUAAAUCACUUCAACAUGGUCUUUUUGAGGAUACUCCACAAAUAGUUCAUUCCAUAGACUGUAUAAAGAAUGGACAGCAUAAAAGCUACUGAGUAUAGCCAAAAGAUUUAGCGCUCCCCCUGCUGACUGACUGUGGUAUAAGUCAUAACCCCUUUCUCCUCCAUAUUAACAGAUGGGACAUGGGACAAACUUUAAAAUGAAAUUGCAAGACAAAUGCAUAAUUAUAAAGCAUGAUUCUGCCUUUAAAGUUAGUUAUUUUCCUGCUGAUUUAUGUCUUAUUGUUCACCCUAGUGCAAAGUUUAGUUUUAAACAGUUAUUUAAUGUAAAAUAGAGCAGAUGUAACAUAAUGAUUUGGGGCUUUUCCCACUAUGGCUUUUGGCCGCACUGAUCCAAACCAAAGCCAAUUGACUUUUCCAGGCUAAACAGAAUAGUCCUGCUGUGGAGCAGGCCCCAAACGUGCCUGGCCCACCAUGAUAUCACAGUGGUUGGUCUUCAUUUGGGAUGCCUCACAGUUGUGUUUUAGUAGCAACACAUACACUGGACUUUGAAAUACCUGCCGGAUUACCAUUAAACAAAGAAAAACUUUAAGAUAGACACAAUGGCAAACUCUUGAAAAAAACCCAAUGCUUACUGAAGUGUAGCUAUUUAACAUCAUCAACUGAAAACACUGCAUCAUCAUCUAGCUAGCUAGUUGUGGACAAGCAAAUCCCAAAAUCAAAAUCAAAUCUCUGGGCUGCCAUUCCAAGUUUAAUCACAGAGGCAAGCCGCUAUAUGUAAUAGAAAAGUCCCAUUUGACAGUUCUGUUGUAAAAAUGCUUCCUCUGCAGCCUAUUCUACUGAGUAAGCAGAGUGGAGUAGCAGACCCCAGAUCUCAGACACCCCUUAUCGCAAACCACUACUGUGAGAAGAUGCCUAUGUUAGAACCGAAGUGACGUAAAUUGCGUUUCUUCUUUUAAAUUCAACUUUACUUUUAUGCAAUAACCAUAUUGCAAACAUUAUAGACAAAACAAAUUUUUAUUAAUAAAAUAGAAAAAAUGGUCAGAGGACUGAUCCAGGAUUACAUUUUACACAAACCCAUUUUAGAAGUAGUUAUGGGAAUGGUGGCUCACUUCAGCUACGUUAGCUUUAGCUAGGGCUAACAUAGCUAUGCUAGCUACAUAGUAACAAUUACUACAUAAGCCAUUGUAGCUACGUUAGCUUUAUCUUUAGCAACACAAGCUUUAGCAAAUGUAGAUAAUACUAACUUAGCCAACAACUUAGUAGUUAACGUAACUAAAGCUCAUGUAGCUUUAAAGCUAAUUAAGCUAAUGUUAGCUACAUAGUUAAUGUAGCUGUGUUAGCUUUAACCUUAGCUACAUUGGCUGCAUUAGAGGGUUUUCAUGGAGGACAAGCUUUUUUUCCUGUAAGCAGACGGUUUACUUAGCUUUAUAAAACUUUUUAUCAGGUUUUGUUAGUCAUAUUUUUGACUUACAUCACCCUUACCUUAAUCUUUACACUUACCCUGACAAGUAGUUUAAUCCAACUUCAUUUGAACUUUUUAGUGUAUUUAUUUUUCGUUCAGACGAAGGAAGCGACUCACAGAAGUGGUCUGAGGGCUGCGGUCUGCAGCCAGACAGUGUUGAGCAGAGGAACAGUGAAAGAAAUGUGGAGUAGUUAAAUCUGGGGUGUCCAUGGACUGGCGGUUGACCCCUAUAUAAAGAGGCUUUAGUCUUCCACUCUCUCGCCCAAUUGUCCUAUAUAAAUAAAAGCAAAAAGCCUUCAUAUAAAUUAUUACUAAAAGAGUAGCCAAAUUUCCCUUAAUUGAGAGUAUGUGCCUCAAACCAACAUAGAUAUUCAGCUAUAAAGUGUACACUAAGUUUAAUGUAUGCUUUAUGUGGAAGAGGGGGCUGGGAUCAGUUCUGUAGUUCUGCCACCCAGCUCCUCUCUGUGCAUGGCCUCACCAGUGUAAUAUGUCAGCUCCAAUCAUGGGGGUGUUUUGGCUAUAGCAGAGGAAUAUGGAGACAUUUUAUACAAUCUAUGGUUCAUACCCACAUGAUUAACACAAGCUGCUAACACAGCUUUUCCUCUAAAAUUCAUAGUCUCCAAGCCCAAACUGAAAUACCACAGUGCACUAUAGUAACCUCUAGUCACUUAACACACUAGUUUGGAGCUAUUCACAAUAUGUUGCCUUAAGGUUUGAAAAUAAGUCCUGUUUUUGGUGUGAACACUAAACUUGAAUUCUACUACUCACAGCAAAGUAAACUUUCAAGUGUUUACUAAAUAUGGAUUAAGGGGCUUCAGAAACAGCCUUGGGAAAGGCCCCUCCAUGGGAACAGGUAACAUUAUACAACUCUCUUUAUGGGCGUUGGGAGGACUCUAGAAGGUUUGAACUGAAUUUGAUGUGUAGAAUUAGCUUAGGGCUCCCUUACUUUGUUUAUAUUCUUCAUUUGUGGCACCAUCACUCAUUUCACUACUUGUCCCAACAUUUCAGUGAAACACUUGAUGUUACUGGUUGGUUUUGCCUUUUUAUUUAUCAUUAUGCACUGUGAUCUCAGCAGCAUGGGUUAUUACACAUUUGAAGUCACUUACACUGAUCUCUAAAAAGAGAAUUCACAGAAAUGCCCAAUGUAUGCAGAGAUUUUACAGAAAGUCAUGACUAUGGAUGUGUUACACACUUCUGGAGUUUUCCCAGGCUAACAGUUACACAUUUACUGAUCAAAGUGCGUAUUAAGAGGAAUAAACAUGUGCCGAGGUCUUUGUUACCUGUUUUGAACUGAUGGUAUGUCAGGAAGGUGUGCUCUGCACUGAGCAUGAGCAAAUAUUGAUAAGACACACCUUUGUGUUUUAGGCUUGGCUUUCUUAAUGACACAGCUUUACUUCAUCAAAAGUGUCUGAACCCAAAGCUGGCACAUGCAAAACGCAAAAAGCUGCAGUCAAACUAGCCUGAGAUAGCCGGCACUGUCUUCUUUACCUAUAGUUGACCUAUAGAGGAGGAAGCAGAGAGAGAACGAGUCAUAGUGUAUCUGGUAGUCAGAAUGAGCAUGGUUGUGUGUUUUAGAUCAUCUCUGAUUGUUUGUGCUUGGGUCAAGGGCUCGCUGAUCACAGUCUAAUCAUGAUCUCUAAGUUAAGGUUAUUUAUAUGGAAUUAUAUAUUUAUACACACUGGUAAAUGCUUGGCUGGUUACAAUGUCAAUUACCAAACUUCUUUGAUUAUUUAUACCUGUGUUCUUUUGUGGCCAUUAAUGAAAAACACAUCAUUUGUGUUUGCUUUGUUCUCAUUCUGAAUGUGCUUUUAUAUUGUUUGAUCUAUGUCAACUCCUGUCCCUUUUGUUGAACACUUACUGUAUAGUCCAAGACAUUUCAUGUACCAAGAAGCAAUCUCUAAGAGGCUUUUUUUCACCAAAAUGUUAUAUUUCUACAUGAAAGCAACA